GAUGCUCAGUCGUCGACGUUCAUAUCGAGUCUGAAAGACCAGGCGGGUGUCAUUGAUGGAAUGGCAGCACUCAAAGCUAUCAAGGCCUGGCACCCCAACCAAACAGACAUUCCUAAAAGCGAUCAUUACAUGGUGUUUACUGGGCUUGACAUCCGUGGAGCCUCAGGAAUGUCUUUACUUAGUGAGGUGUGUACUGACUCGGCGGUGUCCGUCAUUAAGAAUAGUUUCUCAGCCAAUGUUGGACGUAUCGCUGCCCAUGAGCUUGGACACAG